CUAGGUGAGUCUCGCGCACACUGCCUUCCCUUCCCCUCCUCUCUCUGUCGGUUAUUGUGAAGAGAUUGAACGAUGAGAUCGCUCGCGCUCGCUGUCAUCAGUGCCGCCCUAUAGAGACCCCUCAGCCCCGAGGCUCGAAUACAACGACCUCACCCCCCGCUCCAAGAGGGACGGAGCGCAAUCCAUAGAGGCACAGAGAAAAAACCCUGUUCGGACCCGGCUUCAUUUGCCCUCAAUCCGGGCCUCAUGCUGUAGCAGACUGAACGAGCGAGGGAGAGAGACAAACAUACAGAUUGAGUCGGCGAGGGACAGGGCGGAAUAGAGGAGAAGAAGGGAUUGUUCAUUCGGCUCUAGACAUGGGAUGUACACUCAGCGCUGAGGAGCGCGCAGCUCUGGACAGGAGCAAAGCCAUCGAGAAAAAUCUGAAGGAUGAUGGAGUCACUGCCGCAAAGGAGGUGAAACUGCUACUGCUUGGGGGAGGAGAAUCGGGCAAAAGCACCAUCGUCAAACAGAUGAAGAUUAUCCAUGAGGAUGGCUUUUCUGGGGAUGAUGUGAAGCAGUAUAAGCCUGUGGUCUACAGCAACACCAUCCAGAGUUUGGCUGCCGUCCUCCGAGCUAUGGACUCUCUGGGCAUCGAGUACGCAGAUAAGGACAGAAAGGCGGAUGCUAAGCUGGUGUGUGAUGUGGUCACUCGUAUGGAGGACACAGAGCCCUACUCAGCAGAGCUGCUGACAGCUAUGAAGCGUCUGUGGGCCGAUGCCGGGACCCAGGAGUGUUUCAACAGGGCCAGGGAGUACCAGCUCAAUGACUCCGCUGCCUACUACCUGGACAGUUUAGACCGUAUUGGUGCUGCUGACUACCAGCCCACCGAGCAGGAUAUCCUGAGAACUCGAGUCAAGACCACUGGCAUCGUGGAGACCCAUUUCACCUUCAAAAACCUGCACUUUAGGCUGUUUGAUGUUGGAGGCCAGAGGUCAGAGAGAAAGAAGUGGAUUCACUGCUUUGAGGAUGUGACAGCCAUUAUCUUCUGUGUGGCACUAAGUGGCUAUGAUCAGGUUCUGCAUGAGGAUGAAACCACUAAUCGCAUGCACGAGUCCCUCAUGCUCUUCGACUCUAUCUGUAACAACAAGUUCUUCAUCGACACCUCCAUCAUCCUCUUCCUCAACAAGAAGGAUCUGUUUGAGGAGAAGAUUAAGAAGUCACCACUGAGUAUCUGUUUCCCUGAAUAUACAGGUGCUAACACUUAUGAUGAUGCUACCGCAUACAUUCAGGUGCAAUUUGAGAGUAAGAGCCGUUCGCCCAACAAGGAGAUCUACUGUCACCUGACCUGUGCCACUGACACAGGAAACAUCCAGGUAGUGUUUGACGCAGUCACUGACAUCAUCAUCGCCAACAACCUGAGGGGGUGUGGCUUAUACUGAGGCCUAGCCCUGCACAGAGGUUGCAUUAGAGGGUGUGAGGUGGUUAAUAAUAAUAAUAAUUUUGAUGAUAUUAAAAGGCAUAAUUAUGUAAAUCUACACGUCCAAAGGGACCCAAAGAGCUGCCGCCAGACACCACGACGGAUUCUUUGCCAUGUUCUGUCUGUUCCUCUAUUCCUUUUUUUAAUUUCAGAAUUCCACCACCCCUCUUUUGUUUAUUUGUUAUCAACAUGUGGUUCCUACUGAAUGUCUUUCAUGUUUUGUUGUUGAUUGUAUGAACAACUGUAAGAUGUGAAUCAGAAAAGGGACAGUCCAGGGGGUAUAUUCUGUUUUCGUGCCAUGUUUCGCAACAAAUUAGAUAGAAAUGUUAUGCAUAGAGCGGAGAAGGUCCUCUUUUCCUUGUGAUAGAGAUUUGUGUCAGUUCUAUACAUAACAUCUGUAUCUGCAACAUCCAGAACAUUGAGCCAAAAUGAAUGUACCCCUUGGUGCUCCGUUUGCAGAGGUGAUGUUGUGCUCUACGUGAUGAUGUAAUAGGGGAGGUACUGGUGGCUGGGGCUCGUAGUGGGGGUUCUGUCCAGCGUUGGAUAGAACCCCCCCUCUGUUGGACUCACACAGGGCUGCUCUACAUGAGCUCCUUCUGCUCUGUUUUAUUCCUCUCUCUUUCAAACAUCCAGAAGGGGGGGCCGUUCUGUUUGUGUGGCAGGCUCUGCCAUUGGUCUCCUGCAGUGUGAUGAAAUGCCUCUCAGCCAAUGAUAUAUCUGUCGGGAAAGUGUGAUAUCAGUGCCAACCUUCUGAGCAUGACAGAUAGGGGAAUAGAAUUAGAGAUCAUCGAUCACUUUCACACUAUCUUUACAAUAUAAUGUAAUUGAAGGGACGCGUACGCUUUAUUAUCAUCAAAUUAUUUAUGCAUUUUAUUUCAACCUCAUGCCCUCCAUGCUUCCUCCUACCUCCUAGAAUCCCGUGCCACAUAUUUAUUUCCUGUCCUGUCAGACCGGUGGAACACCACUUCCUGUCUCAGUCUCAGAGGGUCUAGAGCUGCUCGGAUGGACCGUCUCAAAUGUCACCUCCCAUGUAGUGUACUACUUCUUCAAAAGUAGUACAUCAUAUGGGGAAUAGAUUAGCAUUUUAGACUUGUCCACUGGUCAGUGAUGUAUCAUAUGGUUGUCUCCUGGUCUCCUUUCACUUAUCACUUAUCACUGAGAUGAAAGGACUGGACAGGUUUCCACCGUGUUGUUUUCACUCACUCGUCCUUACAGAUUUGUAGUUUUAGGAGAGGACAGCCACAGACCACUGACCAGUCUCUCUGCUUGUUCAAAAGGGUCUUCCUGGGUGCUCUUUAUGUAAUAAAACAAUAUGUGAAUGCUCAGUUAUUUGGAAGUUGAGGUAAUUUGUAGAUUAGAUAAGCCACACAGUGCUUAGCUCAGGAUGACCCUUGUGAGCAAGCAUGCUGAAUUCCAAAUCCAUCCAUACUACCCCCUUCUCGGAAUUCCUGUAGAUUUGAAAGGAUUUGAUUGGUUUAACAUUUUCAUGUCCAUAACGGAAAUGUAUAAUAUGUUCUCUAAGUUUAUUGAUGGACAAAUCUGAAGAUUUUAUUUACAUCUGCCGCAGAGUUUGUCUACAACAAUGUGUUUUUGAUAUUGUACUAUAUUUAGUCUUUGGACACAUGGGGUUACUGGUUUUUACACAUUUCAUGAAUCAAGUCCUAUAAAUACAUGUUCAAAUUAUCAGAUCUUUUACAUUUUUGACAUGUAGAUUGUCCGGACCAAUAUAUAUAUAUAUAUAUGAAAACAAUACCUAAGGAAAUCCACACACACACACCCCUAGAGUGCAUGCAUCAAAUGCAAGUCAAUAGAGACUGGAGAGUGAGUGAUUUUACAGUAUUGUCCCUCUUUCUCAGAUCUUAAACAUGUUCACAUCUUAAUAAUUUUUGCUAUAUAGAUUGUCUAGACCAAUAUAUAAAUAUAAAAACAAUAUCUAAAGAAAUCCACACACACUCCUAUAGUAUAUUAUACAGCAUAAGCAAAUCCAAUGUAAGUCAAUGGCGAGUGAGUCCUGCUACAGCAUUCUCCCUCUUUCUCUCCCUCUCACAAGCACACGCCUGUGUAUACACACCACAGACAUCAAUGCACACCUGUGUUUGUGUGUGUGUGGGUAUGUCUGUGGUAUGUGUGUGUGUGAUAAAAUUACUCCAUUGAAUUUGCUUAUACUGCAUGUACUCUAGGGUUGUGUGUGUGAGAGAGUGAGUGGAUUUCUUUCGAUAUUGUUUUCAUAUUUAUAUUGGUCCGGACAAUCUAUAUACCAAAAAUGAUUAAGAUCUGAUCAUUUGAACAUGUAUUCACAUGACAUGAUUAGUGUAAUAUGUAAAAUACAAUAACCCCAUGUGUCCAAAAACUAAAUAUAGUACGAUACAGAAACGGCUGUAGUUCACAAACGAGUUUAAUCAUCUAUUUGAAAUAUUUGGGCUUAAACGGGUCAAAGAACAAUACUUUAUGCUAUUAAACUAUACAAUUCUGAGAUGUAUUUCAAAAUACAUAUGCUGAAGUCAUUUUAAUGAUUAUUAUUGUCACAAAACCCCAAUUUUGGAGGUAUGAUAGAAAAUGACAAUCUUAAAACGUCAAUGUGGCCUGUCUAGACACUCGUACUAUGUUAUCACUAAAUGUAAUGCAUUUACAUCAAAUAGAAUGUGUUCAGUGGCACAUUUUGAUAUUGUACUAAAUAUAGUACAUGGAGGUGAAUGGGUUAGACAAUAUGGUAAUUGUGUCACCUUCUCUUCUGAUUGAGUGGGUGGUAUUUUUGACAAAUUGCUUUAUAUAUAUAUAUAUAUAUAUAAAUAUAUAUAUACACACACAAUUGUUUUAGAUCUACAGGCGUGCCCAAGCAGCAGGGGCUAGGGUAGAGUUGGAAUUCAGCAGCAGUCUCUCAGUGGGGAGUUUGGGUUAACCCUAACCCCUACCCAUCUGACCUCUUAACCCUGAGCAGGCCACAGUUAAACCCCGGCUGUCACGUUCUCUCUUUUCAUAGAGGAAAAGUACCUGUGCACCUGAAGAUACAUCCUCUCCCUCUAUCACAUGUCGUUCCUCAUUUCUCUCAAUCCCCCUUUCCAUUUUCACCUUAUACACCGUACUGUAUAUAUAUGAUUAUACCAGAUUUCUUUUUUUUUUUACUGUGAAUGCUUUUGUUCUGCACCCCUUCCUUCUCUGUAGUUUAUUGGUUGCUCUCUCAUGUGGAAUGUUUGUGCUGAGCCAAUCGAAUGUUGUGUUUACAUUAAAGCCACUUUUCCUAACUA